UUUUCUUAAUAAGUUAUCACAACACAUUUUUCAUCCGCAAUGUCCGACACAAAUUCAACGACUGCACGAAAGCCAGCGCCAAUUCGGAAGCUAGACGAAUCAGUCAUUAACCGAAUUGCGGCAGGCGAAAUCAUCAACCGGCCCUCGAACGCGCUGAAGGAGCUUAUAGAAAACUCAUUAGACGCUGGGGCUACAUCUAUCACAAUUAGCGUCAAAGACGGCGGGAUAAAGCUGCUGCAGAUCCAGGACAACGGGCACGGGAUCCGCACUGAGGACCUGCCGCUGGUGUGCGAGCGAUUCACAACUAGAUCUGUCGCUAUUCAAACAUAUGGGUUCCGCGGCGAAGCGCUGGCCAGCAUUAGCCACGUGUCUCACCUGAGCAUAACAACUAAACAGGCAGAGUCUGACUGCGCGUACAAGGCAAACUAUGCUGACGGAAAGCUUGUGCCGGCAAAGCCGGGAGGUAGCAGCGACCCAGAGCCGUGUGCGGGGAACAAUGGAACUGUUAUCACAGCUGAGGACCUGUUUUAUAAUAUUCCAUCUCGCAAGAGCGCGCUGAAAAACACGCGCGAUGAGUACAACCGCAUUUUCGAGGUCGCCAGCCGGUAUGCCAUUCACAAUUCAGGGGUUGCCUUUACCACACAGCAGGGCGCAAGCACAAUUAGCAAUAUCCGGCAGAUAUUUGGCGGUAAGAUCGGUGGAUCGCUGGUUGAAAUAAAGCACGAGGAUGCAGACCUGGAGAUAUCAUUCUCCGGGCAUGUGUCGAGUGCGGCGCACGAAAUGCAUAAAUCAGUGUUUAUUUUGUUCAUCAAUCAUCGGCUGGUUGACAACACCCCGAUCAAACGGGCGGUCGAGUCCUUGUACAGCAGUAUCUUGCCAAAAGCAUCACGCCCGUUUGUGUAUUUGGAUUUGCGCAUCAAGCCCGAGAACGUCGAUGUCAACGUGCAUCCGACGAAGCGCGAGGUCAGGUUUCUCAACGAGGACAGAGUCACAAGUGCUAUCGUCGAAUGCAUGCACAGCAAACUUGUGAGCACGAACAGCAGCCGCAGCUUUGCUGUGCAGAGCUCGCUCGGCAAAGACCUUGGUGUCGGUAUGCUUGUUCGUGAUGCCUCGACUCUGUCCUCGGUUAGUAACACCAAUGUCCACUGGAAGAUUCCGUGCUCAAAACCCCCGUGCCAGAUAACUGAUAUGGGCGAAAUGACUCCAGAAAAGCCCAUUCUCAGCCCGCCGUAUGCCUCAGAAUGUUGUUCCGGAUCGCAUAAGAUACCAGUGAACCGAGCGGUGCGGACAGACUACAAGACGCUGUCUCUAGACUCGUUUUCGUUUGGGCUGUCGCCGUCGAUCCGGCGCAACCGCGUGCAGGGCACGAUCGAGUCUGAUUUUAGUGUUACGCCGACUAGAACGACACCUAGACACGCGCCAUUGCAGAUCUCGCCGUUGCAUGCCAAAAAUAGUCCGCCAAAGCAGCUGGACGACUUGUCUGAGCUUGCCGUUCAAAACGCCCACCUUAGAUCAGCGCCGGUGUUAAACUUGGGCGUGGCCUCUGAAAAUGACGAGCCAUUGCUUGCAAGUAGUACUCCACGACAGCUUACUAUCGACGACAGCAUGGGCAGCGUCAGUGCGCCAAGUCUUCAGAGCCAAGUCUCAUCAGACGUUUCGGAGCUACCGGCCGGCCAGGGAGGAAAGUCAUUUGCCGCAGUCGAGAAGGAGCCGCGUGUGGAGGUGCGGCUGACCAGCAUUCUGGGCCUGCGCAAAGAGUUGCAACGGCAUGCGCAUGCGGAGAUCACGCAGAUCUUCAACGAGCACUCCUUUGUCGGGUUUGUUGAUGACCGACGGGCGCUGAUCCAGCACCAGACGCGGCUGUAUAUGGUCGACUAUUGCAAGAUUAGUUACCACUUGUUCCACCACCGCAUCCUGUUUGAUUUUAUGAACUACGGUCGUCUCUAUUUGAAGCCGGCGCCAUCGAUCCGCGAGCUGGCGUUGGUGGCAGCACACGAGCUCAGUGGCGCCGCCAAUGCCGAAAGUACCGCCGACCAGGUGUCCCAGCGGUUUGUCGAUAGCAGUGCUAUGCUUGAUGAGUACUUUCAUAUUCGCGUGAGUGAGGAUGGGUGCCUGGAGUCGCUGCCAAUGGUUGUGCGCGACUACUCGCCGGACUAUGACAAAUUGCCGUUGUUUUUGCAUAGUGCAACAUUUGGGGUCGAUUGGAACGACGAGCAGCAAUUUUUCCGCACAUUUAUCAACGUACUGGCUACGCUCUACGCGCUGGAGCCGCCGCUUGCAAGCGAUCCGCAGGGCUCAAAGGACAACUACCGCAUGGUUGUCGAGCAUCGCAUUUUUCCUUCGCUGAAGGGGUCGUCAUUUUGGGCUCCCAAUGCGAUGCUCACUGAGAACACGCUUGUGCAACUUGUCGACGUGCCUGAUCUGUACAAAAUUUUUGAGCGAUGCUAGCCAGUGCGGUGCAGUGCUGGGGUGAGGGAGAGCGCAAGAAUUGGUGGCGCAAAGCCAGACGGGCUUGCUUGGUGAAUAUGAUGGGCGUUGACUAUGCACGGUUAAUUUGUAAGUGCAAAUGCAAUCGGGUGAUAGCUGCGUGCCUAGACACCAAUGCGGUUAAGGCGGUGGCUGACAUUGAAAUUAUGCAAUCGAUUGGAAUAUUGCGCGUUGUUGUGUUUAUUGGUUUAGUUUUUAAAUAACCCCAAGUAUUUUGGAAAUGAUUAACCAGGCGGAUGCUCGCUGCAAGGGAUGGCUGCGGCAUGCACACUCAUCGUCGUCUAAUCAUUCGCCAUCCGUCAUUUAUAUUACUGUCACUCAAUGUAGUAUUUCUUUCACUUUUUAUUUUUAUUUUAUUGUAUAUUUCCA